AUGAAGAAUUCUACCUUCAACUUUUAUCGUGAUUAUGAUCAACUUUUAAAAACUCAGCAUUUACAAGAUAUUUUAAAAGGAAUUUUGAAUGCAAUUGAAAAAAGAAAAAUACCGGGCGGAAUUGCUAUUAAUUUUCAUUUAUCUCCCAAGAUACGUCAUCAAGCAUCGUCUAAAUUAUCUUCAACGCAUCUACCAGACUAUAAUACCACUCAGCAAUUAAAUUAUUAUUCAAAUUCUUCAACAAAAACUAUCGAAAGUUCAUCAGUGAGAAAUAAUAAAGGACCUUUGGUAAAAAUAUUAACUGGGCCUUUAUUAACAUCAAGUUUUAUAAGAACACCUUUUAUAAACCUUUCAACAAAUAAUGUAUCAAGAACAAUAACAACUUUUACAAAUUCUAUAGCAACACCAUCAACAACAUUAGCAACACUAGCCCCAUCAUCAACAACAUCAACAACACUAGCUAAUUUUAUAAAUCCUACAACAACAAUACCUUAUAUAAGUUUUUCAACAACAUUUUUGAGCCCAACAACAAAUUUGAUUAGUUCUAUAAAAAAAACAUUUAUAAAUUCUUCAGUACCAACUUUUAUAAAUUUGCUGAGCAAUCAUACAACUUUAUUAAAUUUAAAAAAGAAAAAAAAAAAUCAAUUGGUUUUUGCUACUAAAAGUUUUUCGUACUAUAAUCAAUUUUCAAGUGCUAUAAAAAAAUCAAAAAAGAAAUCAACAAAAGACGCAUUUACAAUACCAACCCCAUCAAGUACUUUGCAACAAAUUUCAAAUACCUUGCAAUCAAUAUCAAAUACCCUGCAAUCAAUUUCAGUUACACUAAAAUCAAUUUCAAAUACACGACAACCAUUCUCAAAUACCCUGAAGUUAAUUUUCAAAACAGAACAACCGUUUUUAACAGUAAGUAAUCAGACUACAUUAGCAAAUAAAAGAAUGUCUACUAACGCAUUUAACUUAAACGUAAACAAUAGCCAAUCAAAAAUGAUUAAAACAAAAAAUGAGCUCAAAUCUUUUGUGUUGUUAAAUCUUACUAAAAACGAGUAUGAAAAUAACGCUGAGACUCAUAUAAUAAUUUUAUUUUAG